AUGGCUGAGAAAGAUGUCAAACAUUUCGGUCCCAGUUUGCCUCCGCAGUCAGAAAUAGCACGACCAGCAGAUACAACAGAUGACGAGCCGACAGUUACAGUCAAGUCUCCCAAAGUAGUCGGUCCCAGUCGCCCACCCAACCAUUCACAGUCCGAUAGUGAACCGCAGCCAGAGGAUAGCGACGAUAGCAGUGACGAUGAUUUCGGGCCUCAAUUACCACCGGCUGGGGGUACAAAGCCCGACACUCCUAAAUACGAGGUAGACUCGAGACCUCCGCGUCGCGUCCUAGGCGAGGAUAUAGAUAGUGCGACAACGAAGAAGAGGCAAAGGGACGAUUGGAUGCUUAAUCCUCCGGGAAAUUCUUCGUGGGCUUCUGGGAUGAAUCCUGCGGCCCUGACGAACCGCAAAUUCAUGUCAGGAAAAUCGGCUCGCGGCAAUAGAAGUACAGAGGGAGCAGAUUCAGUAUGGACGGAGGACCCAGCUCAAAAAAGGCAAAGACUAGAAAACGAAGUCUUGGGUAUCAAAUCGGAGCCUAGUGCAAGAUCUGCGGGAUCUAGAGACCUGUCCUCUAGGACGGACUCGGCCACUGCAGAUAGACUGAAGUCGCUGACUGGCAAGGGUGGGAGGUCGUCCCUCUAUGAAAGUCACCAAAAGGAUACCCAGAAGCUCAAGGAAGACGAUCCCAGCAAGCGAGCCUUCGACUAUGAGAAAGACGUCGCUGGAAAGACGAGCAUCUCAAGCGCGGCGCGUAAAAAGUUGUUAGAUCAAGCUUCCGGUUAUACCUCCAGGUUUACCGGUGGUAAAUACAUUUAGCCAGUCAGCAAUCAUUAUUUUAUGGUGGCUUAUCUACAUAAGAGCAUUCUUCAAUCCUUAUGAGGUCUAUGAAUCUCAUGCGAGAUGAAGUGGAGUUUGCCGAUUGUUACCAGCCAGAGGCGGAGAGAUCUUUUGUUCAACGAAGAAUGAGCAUUCUUGGUUAUAUUGGAGAGCUAACCGCCUAUCUAUACAUUGAUUCUAAGACAGCAAAAAAAUAGGAGGACAAUCAAUAACGACUUAAACAUGGAAUAUAAGUUGAACUUCCACAGACCAUUUUGGAGCUCAGCGUGUUCGAUCCUAGCCGACAAUAGCGACGGAUAUCCCAGGUCAGAGUUUCAAACGAAUGUUAGAGUAUCCGCGUGUGCUGGAACUUCUGUUUGAGACAUUGGUGACUGCUCCUGGGUUUCAUUUGAAUCAGAAUCCUCUUUGUCGGAAUAUCGCUGUCAAUGAUGGUUAUCCGAUAGGAGCUACCAGCAAGAGCUCACACCGUUGAUAAUAUAGGAAAAUGUCAAGUGAUGGAUCUUU